UAAACUAGAGCAACCUCCUACGUGAGUCGGUGAUAUUUUCGAACUCGGAUUUAAUGUCUCGGACUGUCUAAUUUCAGGACUCAAGAAUAACGUUGCUUUGAAAUCAGUCAAGGUAAAGGACACUCUGUGGCCACUUUGUAUCCCGAAAAAAACUCACACACUGACUCUAACUUUGAAAAGAAUCAUGACUCAGUUCAACAAGGGGCCAGCCUACGGAUUAUCUGCUGAGGUGAAAAGCAAGAUUGCACAGAAAUAUGACAUGCAAAAGGAAGAAGAACUUCGGUUCUGGAUUGAGGAGGUGACAGGAAUGCCCAUCGGUGACAAUUUUCAAAAGGGUCUGAAGGAUGGUGUCAUUCUUUGCGAAUUGAUAAACAAACUACAACCAGGCUCAAUAAAGAAAAUAAAUCAUUCGCAGUUGAACUGGCACAAGCUGGAGAACCUUGGGAAUUUCAUCAAAGCUAUCUUGGUUUAUGGCUUGAAGCCCAACGACAUCUUUGAAGCCAAUGACCUCUUUGAAAAUGGCAACAUGACUCAAGUCCAGACCACCCUACUCGCCCUAGCCAGCAUGGCGAAGACCAAAGGCAUGGACACAAAGAUCGACAUUGGCGUUAAAUACGCUGAUAAACAGAUGCGGCAUUUUGAUGAGGAGAAAAUGAAGGCAGGCCAGUGUGUCAUUGGGCUUCAGAUGGGAACCAACAAGUGUGCAAGCCAGGCUGGUAUGACUGCUUAUGGGACCAGGAGACAUCUGUAUGACCCAAAGACACAGACAGACAAACCCUAUGACCAGACCACCAUUAGCCUGCAGAUGGGCACCAACAAAGGAGCCAGCCAGGCUGGCAUGGCCGCCCCAGGUACAAGAAGAGACAUUUAUGAUCAGAAGGUUGCCUUGCAACCUGUGGACAACUCUACCAUCUCUCUGCAGAUGGGCACCAACAAGGUGGCAUCUCAGAAGGGCAUGAGCGUCUACGGGCUUGGCAGGCAGGUCUACGACCCCAAGUACUGUGCUGCCCCAACGGAGCCUGUCAUCCAUGCCAACGGAAGCCAGGGCACAGGCACGAAUGGCUCAGAGAUCAGUGACAGUGACUAUCAGGCCGAAUACCAAGAGGAGGAGUACCAGGGCAACUACCAUGACGAAUACAGCGGGCACUACAACGACCAGGGCAUCGACUAUUAGGAAGAUCCGCAACUUUAGUUGAAGCAGUAUUAUCAUGAGUAUAUCAACAGAGCAAGUCUUUUGCUAUCCUCACUAGUCUUCCUGUUUUUUCUUUGUUUUGUUUUUUUUUGUUUUUAUUGAGGCAUAAGAGUGAAAGAGAGAGUUUUAGCCUUGUGAGCAUUCCCCUCAGUUUUGUUUUGUUUUGUUUCGUUUUAAUCUGUCAUAGAUAUAGUGUCAUUCCUAAGACCUGUUCCCUUAAGAUUGAAAACAUUCCUUUAAAAUUCUUUUUUUUUUUUAUAUGUUAUAAAGUGUGGAGUACUGUGAAGUAAAGAUUUUGCAAACUAUACAGCAUCAGCUCAGUACGAUAAUUACAGUUUUUAUUUAUACUCCAUGCUUUUUAUUUCACUCUUUUUCCAUUCUUCUCAAAGGAAAUCAGUCUCACCAGUCUAAAGGAUCCACCAUUCAACUACAAGUGACUGAUGAUGUUUUUUGGAAAUUAUAUUUUUUUAAAAAAAAAAACGGACAGAAUGGAGGCAGAGAGCCUUCUCGUGUCAUUCCUCUUGGUUUUUACAAUCACUAGAAGUCUGAACACUUUUAAAGAGUAAAUUCAUUAGACUGUAUGACCAAAAAAAAAAAACCUGUUUAGUUUUCCUGCUUUUGUCAUCGUUUUAUUUGUGCCAUAGUGUUAUGUCCUACUUUACCGAAAAGGUCCCUCUCCAGCUGUAUUUAUUACCAUGUCUCUCAGUAUAAACUCUUACUCUGUUGUAUGGUUCUUUUAAUGAAAAAAAAAUUGUAUGUUAUAAAUAAAGCAUCGAAUGCCUUGGUUCUCCAAGCAUUUCUAUUCAUAGUUUA